AUGUCGAGACAACCGCUUUUUAUGUCUACAUCUCAAUUCAGUAAUUAUCCCACGAAUUUUCAGCAGCAACGAGAAGGGCGUUUUGCUGGUAAUAAUGUUGAUUCAUCAUUAAGUUUAAAUCGCCGACCGUCUUUACUUGGUAAUUACCAUCAUAAUCAUUAUGGAAGUCCCGAAAGAUUAAAUCCUUUCUAUUUGCCUGUUGCUCAAUGCACCAUGGGACCACACGUUGACGAGCAUUCAAAACGAGCACGUUAUCCAGCUGGAGCAAAUUUAUCAGUGAACUCACAACUGUUGCCGUUACGCAUUGACGUUAAAAAGGAAUCUGUUUAUGAACCAUUAACUGAGGCUAUAUCACCAACACCAGAAGAUCCAAAACAACAAGAUUCUUCUGUUAAAGACACAACAUCAAUAAGAGCAUCGAUAGUAAAAUUAGAAAGUGAAAUAGAAUCAACAAGUCAACGUUUAAAGCAUGCAAAACAAAAUCAAAGAGAAAUAAAAAAUCAGGCCGAACAAUCUGCUGCUUGUGAAGCAGAAAAUGAAAUUGAUGAUCAUACAAAAUUAAAUGGAUCACAAACAUUAAUAGAAAAAAUUUUACAUGAGAAUAGGAAAAAAGCUGAAGAUGGUUACAAAGUAUUCAGUCAAUUAAAUAAUAAUAUUGAUCUAACAAUACCGUUAUAUCAUGAACCGUCGGAUAUUGAUUCAAUUCAAAAAGUUCGAAAACAGUAUCAUGGAGUUAUGAAACGUAAAUUGAUUUCAUUAUUUAAAAAAAGUCAUGAAGAUUACUUACGUCGUACAAAAUUUGAAAGUGAAAAAUAUGAUGGAUCCUAUCAGCAAUGGCAGAAGAAGAUUGAAAAACAAGAAAAACAAAUGAUUCAAACCGAUAUAACACAAUAUCGCGAUUGUUUUGAAAAAACAUUUCCAGAAUUUCGUAAAAUUCGAGAAGACAAAGAAAAAUUACAACGUACUUAUAAUCGUGCAACAUCAUCGGCUAAUUUGUCAAAUGUCAAUACAAAUACUGGACAAGUAUUGAAUUCAAACACAACCCAUACAAACAAUAACACAAAUAAUGGCAGUAACAAUAGCAGCAAUAUGAACUAUGUUCGAAGUGAGGCGGAAUUAGAACAAGUUGCUGAUGGUUUACAAGAAAUUGAAGAAGAAGAACGUAAAAUGAGACGAUUAUCAGUUAUUCCACCGAUUCUUUACGAUCGUUGGCAAAGAAAACAUGAAUAUUAUAAUCUAAAUGGUUUAAUACAAGGUGAUGCGGCCGAAUUUUGGAAACGACAUACAAAAAUGGCUUAUUGGACAUAUGAGGAAAAACAAAUAUUCGUUGAAAAAUUUACACAAUCACCAAAAAAUUUUAGUUUUAUAGCUUCGUUUUUAGAAAGUAAAACAACCGAAGACUGUAUUAUGUUUUAUUACAUGACAAAGAAAGCAGAAAAUUACAAAAAUCUUCUAAGAAAACAAACACAAACAAGACGCAAAGCGAAGCAAGUUAUAAAUGCAAUCAGCACAUCAUCGUCAUUGCAACAAAUGAAUAUGCAAAAUAUGACAGGUGGACAAGUUAAUGCUCAACAAAAAGACAAUGAUCGCACCUAUGAUCCGACUGACAGUGACAAAAAUUUCGAUGAAUCUCGUGGAAAAGAUCAAACACAAUUAGGUGGAAAUUCCGGGGAAGACAGUGAUAAACGUUCAAAUAAAAAUCAAUGUCAAAUUCUUUCAUGUACAACAAUAAUACCAGAAAAAACUGGCAAAAAGAAAAAUCGGAAAAAUAAAUUAAAACCUUUUCCUUCAAAAUGGAAUGACUUAUCAACUGAACAACGAGAAACGAUUCGUCGUUCAUUGGAAAUACCUGUCAAAUGCGCGAGUUGUUGUGCACGAUGUUAUGAUAAACUUAUUGUACAAGUGAAACAAGCCUAUACAGUUCAACAAAAUGAGCCAGAUGAGGAUGGUGAACCAACAGAAGAUGGAAAUGCCAAUAACGUGAACAUUAAUAAGGAAAGUUUGAAUAACGAUGAAACAUACAAAUGUUCAAAACUUACAAUUGUACUACAAAAUCCAAAAUCUAGUGUAGACGGUGAAGAUUGGUCAGAAGCCGACCUGGACGCAUUUGUACAAGCUCGUUUACAAUUUGGUGAUGAUUGGUUAAAAAUAGCUGAACAUAUCCACAGAAGUGAGGAAAGUUGUCGUACAUGCUAUAUAAAGCAACGAUGUCAAUUAGACAAAUUAAUGUUGAUACAAAAAGAGAAAGAAGAAAAUGAAAAUCAAACAAUCGAUGACAGAACCGAAAUGAAAGAUCAACAACAGGCUGAAGAUGAUGAAAAUUAUUCUGAAUGUGAUCCAAAUGCUGUUAGUAUGAGUACGCUUGUAGUUUGUGAAGAUGAUAAUGAUAUAAAAACAAUCAACGAUGACAGUAAUGAAUCAGCAAAAAUGGUAAUUGAUGAACAAGAUCAACAACAAAUGGAGGAUAACGACAAAAUACAAAAUGGAAAUUUAACAACAAUAACGUCACUUGUCGCAAAAGAAAUAUCAAAAACUCUAAAUGAAACAGAAAAACGUCCCACUACUACACUACCGAAUGAACAGAGUAUUAUAAUUACGGAUGUGAUUGCACGUCCGUCUUCCCAACAAGUUGCUUCUUCAACUCAACCACCGCCACUAGUGACAUUAAAAGCAACGACAACAGUAACAACAGCAGCAGGAAGCACUAUCUCAGUUUCGCCUCCUGCAACAUCAACAACAACAUUAUAUAAAGGAUCAAUAAUGAGAGGCACGCCACUUCCCACAACAUUAUCACCAUCUUCAUCGUCUUCAAAAUCGACUGUUGUUGACACGUCUCAUAAAGCUUCUCAUCUUCAUCCUCAUUAUAGUCCACGACAACAAGAUGAACAACAACUUCGACAUUUGAUCAUUGACUCGCCAAAGAUGAAUUCUUCAAAAGUUUUAGAUCUUGCUAAUGAGCAACAUCAAUUAUUGUUACAACAGAGAGAACAACAAUAUCGUUCAGGACAUCAUUCCGACUACAAAAAUAUAAAUCCUCAAGUGUUUUAUCCUCAUCAUGCAUUUCCACAUCCAUAUCAUUUGCAAAAACCACCGGCAAGUUUAACUACACCAUCUACAUCGUCGACAACAACACCGGGUUCAUCAGGAAAAUCGUCUGCUCUUCCUGUUUGCUCACAAGAUAUCGUAUCGGCUGAAACAUUUGAAACAUUAAGAGCGGAUUUUGUUACUUCAAAAUAUUUAACCUCAACCGUCAAUGAAAGACAUGGUCCAUCUUCGUCUGGCAGAAGUAGUGAACAACAGCAACACUCGCCAUCACCAAUUGUUUUACCCAGUGGAACUCCAAAUUCUUCAUCACAAGCCUCUGGGUCUACGCCUUCUAAUGCUCAUCCGCAUGCUAGCGUUGCACCUUUAUUAUAUCCGCAUGAUUUAAUCACUAGCGGUGUUCUACCAUAUUCAUCUUAUUAUAGUUCUUUGCCAGUACCGGGAAAUCCGUUAUUUAAUUUUUACGAUCCAAGAUUAAUUCACGAUUAUACAACAGCAGCUGCAGCCAAUAGUGAUCAAUUUAAAGCUGAUCAGCAUAAAAUAAAUUCAGCAGCAGCUACUCGUAUUCGACAUCACCUAGCUCCUUCAAAUGUUGCUAAUUCAUCAGAAAAUUAUCAUACGCCCACUAAACGAACACAAGUGGAAAAUAUGGAACAUAUCCGAUAUAACGACUAUACUUGGCGACAACAAAUGAAAAAUAGUCCAGGUAAUGAUUCUAGACAACAUCAUCUUUAUGCGAAUGUUGAAAAUCCAAUAUCAAAAUUAGCCGAAUUAUCUCAUUGGUCGAAUAGAUCAGAACGAAAUAGCAGAUCACCGGACGAUUAUUCUCAUUCGUCACAACAACCGCAGUAUCGUCCAGGAAAUUCACGAUCAACCGUAGAAAGUCCAUCAGCACAUUUUCAUCGCGUUGAACAACAACAUCAACAUGAAAAUGUUAUUAAAGCGGGCACAAUACAUGACUCAUCGGCUCUAGACAUUUACAAGAAAACAAAUUCUAUACAAAUGAGUGAACAUUGUGAUUCAUCUUCACCAUAUGUUCGUUCAAAUCUUCAUAAACCACAUUCUCAUUCUUACUCUCAUCAUCAUACUCAUUCGCAAGCACAACAAGCAUCGCCACAACAAACUUCUUAUAGUUCAGCUACACCGCAAUCUUCCUCCUCAUCCAUGUAUAAUUUACAAUAUCCGGGACAUCAUUCAUCACCUUCAAAUAUUUAUCUUCAAUCCCAGCGCUCUCAACAACAUUCAUCACAUCAUACACCACCGCAUGUCUACGAUAACCAAGAUCCAAAAUCGUCACAUGGGACUACUUCACCAGUGCAAGAAAGCUUCUCUUCGACACCUGGUGGUCACUCAAAUAGCCAUUUAGCACGUAUACUACGCAAUUCAAAACCGCACGAUCCGUACUUAAUUACACUUGAUGAUGAUUCAAAUGAUCCAUCAUCAGAAGUUACAGAUCAACCGGAUUAUCAGCAACAAACCCAGCGUUCAACAACCUUUUAUCAUUCUCCUCAAUCACAACAAAACCCUCAUAAACAGCCAAGCGUUCAGCAAUCAAGCAGAAAUGAACCAACAAAAAACACUCAACCACCAUCUACCACAACGUCGGUUUCAUCCUCUGCUACUGCAAUGUCAAUAACUUCUGCUAAUGAUAGUGAGUCAAGUGAACGUCGAAGAGAUAGUUCAAUCGCGAAAAUUUUAUCCGGUGAUCCUGAUGAAAAAUAUUCCGACAUACACAAAAUGUUGAAUAGCAAUUCGGACGCGUCAAAAGUUCAUGCAAAUGCUACAGAAAAUACAAAUUUAGAGCGUACAAAUAGUGGUACACGUGAAGGUCGUUCACGCGGUUCAAUCACAAUGAGAAUGCUAAUGGGUCAGGCUACUUACGGUCCCGAUGGAAAAGCCCAUCCUAUAGGAACAGAACAAGGAUCUAAACGAUCGUCAUCACCAUCAUCCGGUUCUAAACCAAUGUGUGCAGAGUUCGAUUAUUUGAUACGUGAUGGGUUAGCAGCUGAUUGUCCACCUCUUCAACGUGACGAAACAACAAAUGUCUUUCGUAAUCCAAUUCCAAAUCGUGCCGCAGCCGUAUCAUCUCCAGUCGACUCACAACAUCGUCUGAUGUCCAAUCAACAGCCACCUUCGAAAAAAAUGCGCAUUUCGCCAAAAUUAUCUGAAACAAGUCGUGAUGAUCAAGGUCAACAUCUCUCUGAUCGACAGCAUCAACAACAACAAUUAUCUGCAAAUCAUCAUCAUUCAUCAGCAUAUCCUUUAGUGACCAAUAUUGAGUCAUCGUCCACUGUUCGUGAUCCAUUCUUAUUACAAACGCCUCAUAGCACAUUGAGAACACAAGCAAAUUACAUGCAGCCAUCGGUUACAUACGAAAGAAACUUGCAAUCUGUUUCACAGCACCAGUCACAACAACAGACGCCUAAUCAGCAUCAACAACAUCCAUCAACAAGCCAACAAUCUGGAUCGAAUACAUUUCCAUCACUCCAUAGUCAGUUUGGUUCAUCAUCAACUGCAACACAACGUUCAACAUCCGGUCGCGGAGGAUCGAUAACACAAGGCAGUCCUGUUUUAAUAAAACAGACUUCAUCAUCGCCGUCAUCUGGUAAUAGAACAAAUCUCUCUUCUUCAAGCGCCAAUCCAUAUACUGCCGUUCAACAUCGAUCAUCACAUUUCUCGUUGAAUAUGUCGUCAAAUGGUUCGAAUAAUUUAUUAAAUCCACGUUACAGCACAAAUUAUCCUUCGAAAAAUUCGCAAAAUACGAGUGCACAGUCGAGUCAAUCAUGCGGUUUUCGUUUUACAUCGGAGGCAUUGGCAGAUCCCAUGAAGUCUCCACCAUCUGAGCAUCCACUAAAUAUCGCUGAUAACAACAAACAUUAUAACCAUCCAGAUUUUAUUUCUCAGCAGCAAAAGUCUCAUCAUGAGUCGAAUACCGAGGCUUCAGCCUCACCUUUGCACGAUGCAAGUCAAAAGUCUCCGAAAGCAAAAUCAUCAAGAAGAAGUAUUCCAACACUGACAUCGCAUGUCCAUUAUUCUCAGCCACAUUCUCAUUCAUCACAACAAUCACAUCAUUUUCCGUCUCAACAAUCACCGUCAUCUUUGAAUCGUAGUGAACCACUAUCAAAAUCUCAAACAAACAAGACUUUAUCUUCAUCGUCUCCUUCUCAGGAACACGAUCAAAUCCUUAUAACUAAUCGUAAAAGUCCCGGAUCCACAUCACUGACAAGCACAACGGGCUCAAUUCCGUCUCCAGUAACUUCGUCUUCUUCAUUUGCAUUAAAAAAACGAUUAGUAGUUGAAUAUGAACAAGAACAACAACAAUUACAACAACAGCAACCAACUAGCGAGGGUCAUCCAAGUCCACCAUCCACUAGUGAUAAACAAGUCGAGAAUGUAGCUGAUGUUGAUAUCGAUUCACAAGCGAGAGCAGACGAGACAACGUCAUCGUAA